AUGAAAGCCAAACAAGUCGGGAAAGCAAUCAGCUUUGAGCUGCUGUCGUCGACGCUGGGAACAGAGUCCACAGCACAGGAUCAGGAACUUUGCGAGUUGUGCACCCAGCCCGGGAUCUGCAAGCCGCGCACAAACCAAACUGAGCUGCGUGAAAGAUUCGACGAAAGGAAAGAGACGAAAAGACACCUAGCGGUCGAAUCGCAGGCCGAAGAACCAGAACCCAAAUUCCUGCUAGCGAACGGAGAGGACGAAUAG